AUGAGUGGAUUUUCAAAUUGGUUUGAUCCAUAUGGAUCAAAUUCUAUGAAGCAAAAUUCAAGUUCUCAUUCACAAAAUUCUAACGAUCCUUCUCAAAAUUUCGGCAUUCACCCGACUUUUCCAAAUUUCUCUUGGCCAAAUAUGUCUAAUCCUCAAGUAUAUCCCAACAAUUCCAUUAGUCAAUCAGCCCCUUCAUUUCAAUUUUCAUCCCAAGGGCAUCCGUCUCAGGGGUUUCAGCCAUACGGAUAUCGCCCGCAAUGGUACCCCCCUCCAGGAUUUUCCCCGCAAGGAUAUCCUUCGCAGGGGUAUAUGUUCUCUGAGUCCUCUAGGAGGACAAGUGUAGAUGGGAGUUGUACUGAUGGAGGCACACCAUCUUCAAGAAGGGCAAUUCAAGGUUUGGAGAAUAUAAAUCUCUCUAUUGAGCCAAAAUCCAACGACGAUGAACAGAAUGCCAACAAGCGCCGAGUGUUUUAUUCAGAUGCGGAGUGUGAAGUUCUUGCGCAAUGUUGGAUCAAUAUUACCAUCAAUUCCGUGGUUGAAAAUGACCAAAAGUUGGAGAAAAUAUGGAAACGCAUUGCAGAAGCCUACAAUAAAAAUCGCUCUACCAACACUCCAAGAAGAGAACCCACAUAA